UUUUUCAUGUUUUUCCUUUUUUGGUUACUUGCCGAAGUGAGGGAAAGAAUGCUUCAAGUGCACGAAUUGUGUCGAUUCACUCCAGAGGAUUUGGAACGAAUCUGGACUGUUUGAUAACUCGCACUACAUUCCUUCUUGCGUGUCACUGUCCGGCAUGUCAAUGCAUUGCCAAUACUUGUAAUGAUUUUGUUACUAAUUAAUAAAUAAAAAGUCGGCAUCAGACCAACUCCUUAAUUAUAUAUGAUUUCAGGACAGGUUCAAUUUCAGGGGAGAAUGACUGCGGAGGAUUGUCCAUCUUCCGCUGGGAUUGCCGACGAUUCAAGAUAAGCGACACCACAUACAGCGUAUUAUGAAGGUUGUGACAUCAACUUUUGAGAAUCAUGCUGUUGAUGUAGAAGAUAAAUCACUCCUUUCAAAGAAAUCAAUAGAGGGUUCUGUGUCUGGAGCAGCUGCAAAGGAAGGGAAAAUGGACUAUAAAUACAGCUCCAAUGUCACACCUUUUAGAGAGACUAAAUCAAACAUGGAGAAUGUAGUGGCUGAAGAAUCUGAAAGUGAUGGAAGUUAUAACUUUAGCGAAGAUGCUUAUGACGAUGAAUGUGAAAAGUCAUUGUCUGAAGAUGGCAGUGAGUCCAAUUUGGAGUGUCCUCCUACAGAUACGGAGAUAGAAGAAAUGAUUGAUGAAUUUUUACUUCUUGAAAGCAAGGCUGCUGAUGCUCAAGAAACACUAGAGGUGGAAUCACUUUUGCGUGUUGAAAGAGAAGUCAGCUUGGAGUUAUCUCAGUCAUUAACUGGGAUGGAUUUAGAAGUUGCUGUUGAAAAUGAAAUGAAAGUUUUCAGGGAACAAUGGGAACAUACUCUUGAUCACUUGGAGGAUAAAAUUGCAGUUUUGCUGGAACAACUUGAUUAUGCUGGUAUUGAACUGCCUACUUUAUACAAGUGGAUAGAAAAACAGGCUCCUGAAGGUUGCAGUACAGAGGCUUGGAAAAAACGUAUCCAUUGGGCUGGUUUUCAACCCACCACAGAAGUAACAGAUUCUGUCAAUGAGGCUGAAUGUGACUUACAAGCCUGUCGGCCGGUAAGAAGGCAUCGUGGAAAGUUGUUGGAGGAAGGAGCGAGUGGUUUUCUUGUUAAGAAACUUGCUAUAGAAGCAGAUAGUACAGAUAGAGUAGAAAACACGGGGGACAAAGAUUGGGGCAUAGUUGAUAAUUUCAUUGGAACAGAAGGUGAUAUACAGAAGAGCAAUAAUUUUGGGUCCAAACAGUGGGCUGUGGUUUAUUUAGCUUCUACCCCUGAGCAAGCAGCAACUAUGGGGUUGAAUCUUCCUGGUGUUAAUGAGGUGGAAGAAAUUGAUGACAUUGAGAACUGCCCAAGGAAUCCAAUUUAUGCAGCUGCAGUAGCAAAUGAAAAGGAGUGUGGUCUAACUGAAGAACAAAAGAGUAAAUUUAGAAAGGUCAAAGAGGAAGAAGAUGUUCGAAGGGCUCGCAAGAUGCAUAGACGUUUCAAACAUAGAAGAAAUGAGAGCCAAAAAAAAAUGUACUGCAAAGGUAAUGAUGAUAUGCAGAAUACUACCGCAGAAUCAAUUUCUAAGAAUGAAACAAACAAUCCCAAAUCUCUGUCUCAGGCUCAGUGGAAGGUUAAAUCUGGUAUUGAGGACAUUUGUAAUAAUGGAGCUGUAAAGAAAAAGCACAAUCAACAAACAGUGAACAAAUCAUUGCAAGAAUCUCAGAGGGCUGCUGAUGAUCAUAAAAUUGCAAAUGAGGUUAAUUGGGAGAUCAGUAGGGAUAAGUUGCCUUCAUCAUUGAUGCUUCUGUUUGAGAAUCAGAGUCAGCCAAAACCUAAUAUUCUGAAACGCUCUUGUGAGAGUGAAGAUCUUGAUCUUCAUAUCAAAAGGAUGCGGACUGUGAUUAUUGAUAGUGAUGAUGAAACGGAUGUGAAAGAAAAUGGGGUACGAGAUUCUCAUUAUUGUCAGUUGGAAACAGUAACCAAAACAGCUGCUGUCACCCAUGAAGUUGUUGAUCUUGAAAUGAUAUCAGAUGAUGAGGUUCCUCCUUAUAAAGAUGUUUCAGUAGGUGCACAUAAGCAUCCAAAAGAAUUUAAAUGCACGGCUUGUGGCAAGUUACUUAAAGCAUCUGGUGUGAAGCAACAUCCAUUGUUUGAAGUUAUCAUAUGCAAAGAUUGCAAGAAUUGUUAUGAUCGUAGACCAUUGCACAGGGAUCCUGAUGGUUCAGAGUCUUGUUGUUGUUGGUGUGGACAAGGAGGAGAUGUUAUCUGCUGUGAUUUCUGUGAAAAAGUGGUUUGUGAGAAGUGUAUAGAAAGGAAUAUUGGGGCAGAAAAAUUAACAGAUAUAAUAAAUUAUAAAUGGCACUGCUUUUGCUGUGUCCGUGAUCCUCUGAAUUUUCUGAUUGAAGACUAUAAUCAGGCUGCAAAAAUUGCGAGCUGUGGUGCUUCUGAUAGUGAUUCUAUGUCAUCAGAUGAAAAGCUUCUUACUUCAGAUUCUAGUAAAAAACAGAAAGGAAGAAGAACAAGAAGGAUCAUUGAUGAUGCAGAGCUUGAAGAAGAAACUAAAAAGAAGAUUGCAAUUGAGAAGGAACGCCAAGAUCACCUUAAGAUGCUACAACAGCAAUCUGAACAAUGGUCAAAGGGCUCAACCAGUUUGCAUGGAGAUAAGGCAUGGUUAACUGACAAUGAAAUACUAGGUAAUCCUGCAGAAGGCUACAUUGUUAACGUUGCCAGAGAACACAAUGAAAAAGAAGUCAGAGUAUCCCCUAUGAUUUCAUACAUCUUGAAACCUCACCAGGUUGCUGGUAUACGGUUUAUGUGGGAGAAUUGUAUCCAGUCAGUAAAUAAAAUAAAAUCUGGAGACAAGGGUCUUGGCUGCAUACUUGCUCAUUGUAUGGGUCUUGGGAAAACAUUGCAGGCUAUAACUUUUCUAUAUACUAUUAUGAGAUCAGUUGAUCUGGGCUUGAAGACAGCACUUAUUGUUACACCAGUGAACGUACUGCAUAAUUGGAGGCAGGAAUUUUUGAAGUGGCAACCGUGGGAUCUAAAUCCUCUGCCUGUUUUUAUGCUUGAGGAUGUUUCAAGGGAAAGCAUGAAAAGAGCCAAGUUACUAACAAAUUGGAGAAAAAAAGGUGGAGUUCUUUUAAUAGGUUAUGCAGCAUUCCGGAACUUAUCUUUAGGGAAAUAUGUGAGAGACAAAGCCAUUGCAGAUGAUAUUUGUGAAGCUUUACAGAGUGGACCUGAUAUACUGAUCUGUGAUGAAGCCCAUAUGAUUAAGAAUACAAAGGCUGAUAUAACUCAAGCAUUAAAACAAGUGAAGACCCAACGCAGAAUUGCAUUGACAGGUUCACCUUUACAAAAUAAUCUGAUGGAAUAUUAUUGUAUGGUGGAUUUUGUAAGAGAAGGUUUUUUGGGAACAAAGCAUGAGUUUAGAAACAGGUUUCAGAAUCCUAUAGAAAAUGGCCAGCAUGCUAAUUCAACAGCAGAUGAUGUGAAAAUAAUGAAUCAGAGAUCACACGUCUUAUAUGAGCAGCUGAAGGGGUUUGUGCAGCGUAUGGGCAUGAAUGUGAUGAAGGAUGAGCUUCCUCCAAAAUUUGUAUAUGUAAUAUCUGUAAAGCUCUCUUCAUUGCAGCGGAAGCUGUAUGUUAGAUUUUUAGAAUACCACGGAUUUACAAAGAAUGACAAGAUUUUAUCUGCAAAAGGACCUCAAAGAAAAUGUUUCUUUAGUGCAUAUCAUUCUUUAUCUAAGAUUUGGAAUCAUCCUGGGUUAUUGCAAAUUGCUAAAGAAGAUAGAGAUUGCCAACAAGCUGAUGACACAAUUGAGAAUUUCUUAGUGGAGGGUAGCUUCAGUGAUGAUGAUAUGGAUCGGGACUUCAAUGGAGAUAAGUCAAGAGAUAAAAUGGAGUGUGCAGGCAAGAUCGCAGAUAACGAGUCUCUGGAAGAGGUUUUUAUCCAAUCAUCUAACUGGUGGGAGGACAUUGUACCAGAGAAAGCUUAUGCAAACAUUGAUUACAGUGGCAAAAUGGUUUUGUUGCUAGAUCUCCUCCUCAUGAGCUCUGAACGGGGUGACAAGGCUUUGGUUUUCAGCCAAAGCUUGGGCACCUUAGAUCUUAUUGAAUCAUUCUUGGCAAAAUUGCCUCGACAUGGAAAGAAAGACAAAUGCUGGAGACAGGGAAAAGAAUGGUACAGGCUUGAUGGAAGCACAACUGGAGCUCAAAGACAAAAGCUAGUAGAACAAUUUAAUGAUCCAUUAAAUACAAAGGCCCAGUGUAUUAUAAUAUCAACAAGAGCUGGAUCAUUGGGCAUAAACCUUCCAGCAGCUAAUCGUGUGAUUAUUGUAGAUGGUUCUUGGAAUCCGACACAUGAUCUUCAGGCUCUUUUCCGUGUGUGGAGAUUUGGACAAAAAAAGGAUGUGUAUGUUUAUCGCUUGGUUGCUCAUGGGACGAUGGAGGAAAAAAUUUAUAAGCGGCAGGUUACAAAAGAAGGUCUUGCAGCAAGGGUGGUUGAUCAACAGCAGGUUCACAGGACCAUGACUAAAGAGGAAAUUUUGCAUCUCUUCAAGCUUGAAGAUAAUGACAGCACUGCCCAUCAUUAUGAAGGAAGCAAAGAGCCAAUGACAAAUCAGGUGGAGAAUACAGAAGGAAUCCCGCACGAUGGAUAUGAAAAUUUAGCAGUUAAUCCGCUUGGUUCAUUACCAACUGAUGCAGCCUUUAUGAAGAGAAUACUUGAGAAGCAUUGCUCAAGUUGGAUUUUUAAUUAUCAUGAACACGAGACCCUUCUUCAGGAGAAUAAAGAUGAAAGACUUUCCAAAGAAGAGCGGGAUAUGGCUUUGGAGAAUUUUAAGAAAUUUGUGGAGUCGGAAAAACACAAGCAUUCAGUGGAAAACUGUGUUGAUUGGAUAGAAGUAACUAACCGCUCAGUUGAGCAGAAUGCCAACAACGGGGAAUUUUCUUCAGUGCAGACAGCAGAGAAAAUUACUAGUAAUCAUGCCCUCUAUCAAAAUAGUGAUAGUUUUGACACUACUCUAGCACAGAGCACAACCCAGAAAUAUAAUAAUAGGGCCCAUCCUGAUGAACACAAUCUAUGCGUUGCUGAAACUGUUGUGGUACGUAAUACAUCACAGAAAUGUAGUAACAUGGCUCAUGCUACUCUCUUACUUCGAAAUAACGUGAAGACUAAUUAUACUAUAGCAUGUACUGACUGUGGUAAAGAGAUUGGUUGGGAGAAUCUGGUUAAAGGUGUAAGGAGAUAGCCUUCAAUUGUUCUUCACAUUUUGCAGAUGAAAGCUGUUUUAUCUGGUAAAAAGACACCCUCGUAUGUAUAUGUGCAUAUGUAUUGAUGGACUUGCAUCUGAGCUUGCAAUUCGGAACAUAGAGGCAGCAGUUUUGCUUUUCUGCUUAUAGAAAUUUUGUUGCCCGAUAAUUGAGACAUUUUUCUUACAUAAUUUCUUGGUUCAGAAGUUUUUUCAA